AGAAAUAAAUAAAACAUUUAAAAAAUUUUAAAAAUAUAUAGUGUCAUGUCACGUAAAGGAGCAUCUGAGAAAGUCAAGGGAGAGAGGAAGGGGACAGACCCUUAAGCUGGGUUUAGAGACACCAAAGGACAUUCCAACAAGAAAAUAUAGAAUGUGAAUGGGCACAGACAUUUGCAGGAACGUGGUGUGUUUGUAGAAGUAAGUUGUUCAGAGUUGCAAGCUGAGUGCAGGGUAGCAUGGAGGCGUCACCGAGGACAUGUGGCAAACUGAAGAAUGUAGACAUUAUCCUAAGGGGUACAGAGGACCUUCAGUACCUCGACGUGAGGGUGACAUGAUGGGACUGAUGUGGAGUUUGGGGGCCAGUCUGCCACUCGGAGAUGCACGCGGUUCUUCCGUGGCAGAAGAUGUUAAAGGCUACCUCUUUGCUGAGAAUGUUAACAUUCUUGUUUCUCCUCCCUGCAUCCGUUGUCUUGUGGGUAACACGCCAGUGGGAUGGCAUCCGGGCAGAAUCACACCACAGUGACAAGAUUUAUCCUGCUGGGCCUCACAGACCAGGCUGACCAAAAACAACUCCUCUUUGCCAUCUUCCUGAUGAUCUACGCUGUGACACUGGUGGGCAACCUGGGCAUGAUAGAGCUGAUCCGUGCCAGCUCUGCCCUGCACACCCCCAUGUACUUCCUCCUGAGCAUGCUCUCCUUCCUGGACAUCUGCAAUUCCUCCUUGUUCACGCCCAGGCUGCUGAUCAGCUUCCUCACCACGGAUCAGUCCAUCUCGUUCGCAGGCUGUGUGGUCCAGAUGGCCUUCAUGAUCCUCCAUGGCACAGGCGAAUGCCUGCUCUUGGCCAUUAUGGCCUAUGACCGAUUUGUGGCCAUCUGCCACCCCCUCCUCUACCACACCAUCAUGUCCAAGCGCUUGUGCAUCCAGCUGGUAAUGGUCACCUAUGCUGUGGGGGUGUUCGUUUCAGCUCUGCAGACAGGGAAUGCCUUCAUCUUGCCCUACUGUGGUCCCAACAUCAUCGAUCAUUUCUUCUGUGACAUCCCCCCCGUGCUCCAACUGGCCUGCGCAGACACCACGGUGGCCAACAUCAUCCUGCUUUGCCUUUCUGCUUUGGUCACUGUCCCCACAGUCUCAGCCAUCUUGAUCUCUUAUGCCUUCAUCCUGGUCACAAUUUGUAGGAUGAGGUCCCUGGAGGCCCAACGCAAAGCUUUCUCCACUUGUGCCUCCCACCUCACUGCCCUCUCCCUCUUCUAUGGGUCUGUGUUCUUUGUAUAUGUCCAACCCAACCCUGAAAGUGCUUCAUCCUAUAACAAAACCCUUUCUGUGUUCUACACCAUUAUGAUCCCCAUGCUGAACCCCCUGGUCUACAGCUUAAGGAAUAAAGAUGUCAAGGCUGCCGUACAAAUUAGAGUCCUUAACUUCAGCAGAAAAGGAAUUUGUUAGAAAGGUGUCUGGUAGCUCAUGAAGUAGAAGAGAAGCCUCAUGAACCCAGCUGGGACAGGACUCAAGGAUGGCCAGCACAGUGGAACCCUUACCACAAAAAUGGUCUUGAAGGCUGCCUCUACAGGGCACAUCACCUUCGAGCAUCAUCCACUGCGGUGGCCAGCGCUGCUGCCCCUGAGCAUUUGGCACUGCUCAGCUGUGAGACAAAGCCACCUACACCAGCCACUGUGCCACCCUCUAUAGCAUCCAACCACAUAUAAUGUCAGAGUGAUCCUACACCUUUCCAUCAUUCCCUGAAGUUCAAGCCUUAGGCAGGAAAUCCACCUGGUUGGCAACAUCGCUGUUGUACAUCCAUCAAUGCUACAUUCAGCACGGAUCUGUUUCAUCCCCUGAGAGCCUGCAUCUCCAUUUGUU